GGAUUGGUCACUCCUGGACGAAGCGAAGAAGCGCUGUCAAACGCCAGAGCCAAUCGAAUUGUGGCUGCUUUGUUACUAUUGGUAAAAAGAUCCACUCAAUCAGCGUCCAGAGAAUUUCGGCCUCCUUCCGAUUGGAGCGUGCUCCACGCGUAUUGACAAAGUGCGUAAUUAGGUGAUUGGAUCUCCAGGUGCAAUCCAAGUGUAUACGGGUGUGAUUCGUGUUUCUUUGGUGACGCGUCAUAAAAGAUAAUCGGUGCUUGAUUACACAGGAAGCAGAAAUCCAAGUGGUCGUGAUUUUGAAUUUACGCGUCAAUCGCAGCAACCCAGAUUAAGAUGACCGAACCGGGUGCAGGACCUGAAAAAAUGACCGAGGCCCAGCGCGCCAUCGAAGACUUCUGGCCCCAGGUGUCGGAGGACAUGCAGCGGAUAAAGCACGUCGAACCCGGCAACCAAGUGCUCCCGUUGGCCCGCAUCAAGAAGAUCAUGAAACUGGACGAGGACGUUAAGAUGAUUUCCGCCGAAGCACCACUCCUGUUCGCCAAAGCGGCCGAAAUCUUCAUCCAGGAGUUGACGCUGAGGGCGUGGUUGCACACCGAAGACAAUAAACGGCGAACCUUGCAGCGGAGUGACAUCGCAAUGGCCAUAGCGAAGUACGACCAGUUUGAUUUCCUGAUCGAUAUUGUGCCAAGGGAUGAGAUCAAACCGGUGCGCAGGGAUUAUGAGACCAAACCUUCGACAGAUGACGUGCAGUACUAUCUACAGCUGGCUCAGCAACAUCAGCAGGCACUGCAGAGCAGUAGUAGUAGUGGGACGACGACGACGACGGGCGGUGCGGGGCCUAGUACCAGUGGUGCCAACAUUGUCCAGGUACAGACGGCUCCCGCCGUCGUAACGCAGCAACUGGCUCAGCCCGUUGUGCAGCAGCAGCAGGCGCAACCGGUGCAAGCUCAAGCUCCCCAGAUCGCCACCAUUGCAACCCCUACGCAGAACAUAUACCUCGCCAAUCCAGUCACGGGUACAGCAACCAUGCAAACGACAACAGCCAACACAAUCACGCCUACUCAGAUUGCGACAGCAGCAGCAACACAACCAUUCCAAUUGGUUCAGCAAGUUCUAACACCGACCGGAGAAGUGACGCACAUUCCCAUCCCCCUAUCCCAGAGUCAGCUCAACUUCAUCCGCUCUCAGAUGCAAAUUCAAGGUGCCACAAACGUUGCGACCACAUCAACCGCAGCAACGCCACAACCCAUCAUCAUCCAGGCACCGCAAAUACAAGCCGCUCCGACCAUCAUCCAGGCGGCCCCGGGCAGCGUAUUUCUGAACGCAGCACAGCUUCAACAGUUGCAACAGCAGCAGCAGCAACAACAACACCAACAACAGCAACACCUUCCCCAUCAGCAAACGCACAUCAUUCAGCAAUCGCCAGUUGUGCAACAGCAACACCAGCAGCAGCAACUUCAUCAGCCUCAGCAUCACCAAGUGCACAUACAGCAGCAACACCAACAGCAUCAGUCGCCACUCAAAACGGAGUUUUAGAUAUUAUGUAAGGUUAUAUAGGUAAGAGUUAGGUAUAUAAAGUUAACCGUUGUCAUUGUAAAUAGUUUGUCAUCUUGUGUAAGAAUUUAUAUGAACAUUCGUCACCGGCCAUACGAAAUAAUGUACUUGUAAAUAGGGAAAUAUGAUCGUAACUACACCAAAUUAA